AUGCGCGGACGAGUUUCAACGGCAUUGCAGAGUCUGCACCAUGCACAAAGAGCGUUUAUCAUGACCCAUAUCGAGAGUGGAAACAAUUCUGCACAGUUUUGGCCUGAUGUAGUUAGCUCUUUGCUUGUGCCUUUAAUUCGGUUGAAGCUGAAGACUAUUGCACUUUGCUCUACUCAAGUCUAUCCAAUUUUCUUAGAAAGUACAACUACCACCGCAGCAACUACUACAACCACGGCAGCAGGUGGUUCAGCCAAUGGAACAUCGGCAACAAACGGUACAGCUGCAGGAAACGGUACCGCUGCAGGAAAUGCUACAGCGAACAGCACUGCAGCACCUGUUACUACUACUACGAUCACUACUACCACCUCCACGAUCAACGGCUCUGAACCAGCAAACUGUGACAGUACACAACUGUCGUCUACAAUAAGACAGAGAUUUCUCGAUAGACACAACGAGCUCAGAGGUAGCUUGGCUAGAGGUCAAGGAGAAAGAAAUGGAGCAGGCGGUCUCGCACCACCAGCAGCUAACAUGUACCGAAUGAGAUACACUUGCCAAGCUGAGUCAUUUGCUCAGACGCAUGUCAAUUCUUGCAACGAGGAGGUGAGACCACCAGAGGAUCGUCUCAGUCAUAAGGAAAACGUCUACAGAUUCGAAGGAGGAGGAGGACCAGCAGAUGCUGCUGAAGCCGCUAUGAACAAUUGGUGGAGCCAACUGGCAANCUUCGUGACCGACCAGUAAGCAAUGCAAUUACAAAAUGGUCAAAGAUGGCCUGGUGGAAUAAUCUUCAAGUUGGCUGUGCGAUAAACCAAUGUGAUGGCUUCCAGCUUGUCGUCUGUAUGUACAGCCCAGGAGGUAAUGACGUCGGUAACCCAAUUUACAAUGUGGGACCUCCAUGCUCGCAAUGCCCAGGACAGUGUUUCGAGGGUCUCUGCUCUCAGUGAUGAUUUCUUCUCUAACGAAAAGAAAAAAAGUUAA